AUGGGGAUAACAGCAGAAAAUAAGACAAGAGGGUGGGCCGGUGUUGCUGAAGCUGUGUCCGCGGUGGGAGGGAGCCUGCGGGACGGCCCAGGGGUGAAGAAGAAGUGGGCCGACUUCAAUUCGGAGGUAAAAAAGAAAGGAGCGGAGCGGAAAAGGUUAAUCAACAAGAAAGGCGGAGCUGAAAGAGUGUUUGUCGACAGCCUGGAGGAGAAAGUGCUCGACAUUAUUGGAGAAACAGCGGUCGAGGGAGUCCAAGGGGGCGUCGACACAGGAGACCCACCGGCGGUGACAGCAGGCCCUGUCAUCUCAGUGUUUACUCUACCAGCUGACACAAGCAGCACAAGCUCCGACUCUGACGUUGUGCUUAAUGUUGUGGAGGACUUCAGUGCUGAAGAAGCACAGACCAUAGAGGAUAACCUCCUGGCAAACAUUUUGCCUAGGGCCCUAUUCUUCCAGCCCCCUCCAGCAAGGACCAAGUCUGACACCGCUGAGAUGGUGAUGCUGCAGAGAGAAUUGGUGAAAGAAGUUUCAGCAAUAAGGAAGAUCCAGGAGGAGCUGCUGUGUGUAAAAAAAGUUAAAGAUUGCUCAGGAGAAACUGAGAUGAAAAAGAAAGAAAGAAAGGAAAUGAAUAAAUGUUGUUUUUUCUUGUAACAAAUGAAAUGUUUUGGAAAAAGUCGUUUU